AUGUCAGACCGACUAGCCCCUAAGCCCACGGCAGUAGUUGGGCCUUCAAGUGGAGCAUCAGUACCAACUACAACUCUGAGCAGUGACGAUAUGCCAGUGUUUGGUGGAUCGAAAAUGUCCAUCCCCAUAUUCAUUAUCGCCUUCGCCAGCUACAAUUUUUUCGAGUUUCGUGGGAGAUCGUUAAAUCGAGAAGAAGUCCUAGGCAUAGUAUGCGUCUGUUACGGCAGACGCGAACCCCCGGACAACAAUUACUCGCUGUACAAGAGAAUAGAGAACCCGGAUCAGAGCUUGAACAAAAAACUCGACGAGUUGACGGACUCGAAUAAAGACUACUUGAGGAAGCAGGUUUCUGAUCUGUUUCAAACUUAUCUAGAGAGGAAUCCGGUAGCCAGAUUUGGAGCUGACGAACUGGAUGGAUUCCAAGGGAGGAUGACAUCUUUGCCAUGGGGUCACAAGGAUUGGGCCCAAUCCAAACCGGGGUUGAACCUUCAAACCUUACGGGAUGAACAGCUCUACCUUAUUCACGCCAUCAUGCAUUGCUGUGUAGACGCUGGAGAUAACCGAAUUACCGAAUUCGACACUGCGCAAAUAGUCUGUCGACAUUACGAUUAUGAUACUUCGCCGGCCAUCAUAGCCAAAAGCUCCGUCUUCAAGAAUUUGGCAAACCCGGAACACAAGCUCUGCCAGAUGGUGGCUCAUUUCAUAAAUGAGCGUAGGCAUAAAACGUUUUUCGAAGCCAAAGCUCAUUUUCUGUAUGACAAGUAUUCCAGAAUAGGAGUCUUGCGAUUUCGAACCAUCAUAGAGGGCGAAAUUCCUUCAAACGCUGUUCCAGCAGCAACCCGAGAAUUGGCAAAAUUAUCAGUGGGAGUCACCGCAGGUCCAAGCCAGGCCAGAGCGCCAGAUACACCCCAGCGCACCCAGGAUCUAUUUAGUCAAUAUACUCACCUAAACUCGCCUGAAAUUCAAUCCCCAGAAGCUUCGUCACCUCCCGAUGAAAGCACCAGCCACGAAGCAACCGGGAAAGGCAAGGGGAGGUCGCUAGAGUCUAGUUCUAGCCCAUCAGGGGAAGAAGUGUCUGGGAAAGGGAAAGGGAAGGGAAAGGUUGCGAAAAAACCUAGGAAGUGA